UGGUGCAGCACGAUUACCCUUUUGAAAAUGUCUGGUGAAUUAUCUUCAAAUAUUAACAUUAAGGAACCACGCUGGGAUCAGAGCUCCUUUGUGGGAAGAGCCAAACAUUUCUUCACAGUGACUGAUCCAAGGAACAUCCUUCUGUCGAAUGAUCAGCUGGAGCAUGCCCGGAAUAUUGUACACAACUACAGACAGGGCAUUGUGACUCCAGGGCUGACCGAAGAUGAGCUCUGGAGGGCAAAGUAUGUGUAUGAUUCAGCCUUUCACCCCGAUACUGGUGAGAAAAUGGUAUUAAUUGGAAGAAUGUCUGCUCAGGUGCCAAUGAACAUGACCAUCACUGGCUGCAUGAUGACUUUUUACAGGACAACGCCAGCUGUGGUCUUUUGGCAGUGGAUUAACCAGUCUUUUAAUGCCAUUGUUAACUACACGAACAGGAGCGGUGAUGCUCCCAUCACUGUAAGCCAACUGGGAACAGCUUAUGUUUCUGCCACCACAGGUGCUGUUGCAACAGCUUUAGGACUUAACGCACUAACCAAGCAUGUUUCGCCUCUAAUAGGAAGAUUUGUUCCCUUUGCUGCUGUUGCUGCUGCUAACUGUAUCAAUAUACCAUUGAUGAGACAACGGGAAUUGAAAUGUGGUAUUCCUGUGACAGAUGAGAAUGGAGUCCGAAUUGGAGAAUCCCCUAAUGCUGCUAAACAGGCUAUUACUCAGGUGGUCAUCUCUAGGAUCCUUAUGGCUGCUCCUGGCAUGGCUAUCCCUCCCUUUAUAAUGAACACUUUGGAAAAGAAAGCAUUUUUAAAGCGUUUCCCAUGGAUGAGUGCCCCUAUACAAGUUGGAUUAGUUGGAUUCUGCUUGAUAUUUGCAACACCUUUAUGCUGUGCAUUAUUUCCACAAAAAAGCUCAAUGUCAGUGACCCGCUUGGAGCCUGAACUGCAAGCACAUAUUAAAGAAAACUGCCCUGGCUUGGAACGAGUCUACUUCAACAAAGGAUUAUAAUUACACAGCCAUCUAAGCAGACAAUACGUUCUCAGUGAUGUGUGUGACUAUAAUAUUCUAGAGAAAAAAAAGAAGCAAGUCCUCAGCCCUUUUAAUGAUUAAAAAAGAUACCUAUUUGUUUUACAUACAUCAAUUGGAUAUUUUUCUUAUUGUUUUUAAGUGGUCAUAACAUUUAUUGUACGACUUGAAACUCCAUUUCGACCUCACAUUUUUUAUUAUUUUUUAUUUUAUUUUUACAGAAUUCAAAUAAAUAGGUCUCUUUGGGGCCAAAUAGCUUA